AUGUCCACUAAAAAGCCAGAAUUCAUUUUCGUUCCUGAAACGAACCCAAGUCGACCGGGAACGACGAGGGUUCCUCCUUCACUUUAUAGGCGACAAGUUCUUGAUUAUCCAACUAUUAAAUUACCAUUCCCACCUACAAUUACCCCAGAGGAAUUAUCGACUAGUCCGAAUAAGAACAAGGUCGUAAAAUCAAAAGCACCAAAUUGCUUUUUCGUAUAUCGUCUAGCAUAUGUACGCGAGUUAAAGAAUAUGGGACGUCAGUUUGCAAUGACCGAAAUAUCGGGAAUCAUCGCAUCCAGCUGGAAUAAAGAACCAAAGCACGUAAAGCAAGCAUACAGGAAGCUCUCGCAGGAUGCAAAUAAGAUGCAUAAGAAAAGGUUUGGUGAUGUCCAAGCUCAACCUCAUACAAAUUCCAACGAUUUUGGAUCGGGCUUUGACUUACCUUACUAUCAGCAGAAUAAUCCAUCUUUUAUCGAACCUUUGAUUACAACUUAUGUAAUUGAUGAUUAUUUACAAUACCCGGACAUUUAUAUGGAGUAUUUAUCGUUUAUCGGACAACAUUCCAAGGAUGAAAGCUCUCCUCAAUGUGACAAUAGCGAUACGACCGAAUUACCGGAAAGUGUAUUGCAAAUAUGA